AUGGUGUUCCGGACGUGCCUCGCUACUCUCCUGUUUACCUAUGUGGCUCUCGCAGCUUUGGAUCCUUCAACCCGCUGCGUUGACGGCUGGGUCUCCGAGUCUCGCCCAACCGUCUGCGUCAUUCCGUCGUCUUAUGCGUCGUCGAACGCGACGGCGGACGAUGGGCCUGCUAUCCAAGCCGCUUUCACUAAGUCCAUCGUAAAUGGCACGUCUUACGCCGCGGGUACGGGCUAUUGGUUUACGUUUUCCGGCCCGCAAAUCGACUUUGUCGGUAGCGAUAACGUCACAACCGGUUGGAUCUACUCGUAUGGCCAGGCUUGGUGGGAUGCAAACAUCUACCCCGGCUCAGGUCUGGCAAAUCGUCCGCACCUGAUGAGUUUCAACACUACGAAUGGUACGAUCCAGUACUUCAAGUCGAGCAAGCCCAUCGGUUGGAAUGUCCAGCUUCUGGGGAGCAAUAUCACCGUCACGGACACGAUCAUCGACGCAUAUUCGACUUCGGGCAGCUUCCCCUUUAAUACCGACGGCUUUGACGUUACGGCGACGGACGUGAAGAUCUUGAACAGCGUGAUCUACAAUGGAGAUGAUGCGAUCGCUGUGCAAUCUGGCUCGCACAACGUUCUGUUCCAGGGCGGGACCAUCGGCUAUCAGACGCACGGCAUGAGCAUCGGUUCGCUCGGUCAGAAUCAGGCGUCCUUUGCCAACGUAUCGAACAUUCACUUUGACGACAUCACCGUCGUCAAUGGUGUCUAUGCUUCUCGCUUCAAGUCUUGGAUAGGCGGGCAAGGUCUCGUGCAGAACAUUACCUGGUCCAACAUCCGCGUCUACAACGUCACUUUCCCCAUCUUCGUGACGCAGACGUACAUCAACCAGGGCGGGGCGCAGACUCAGCUCGAAAACGGGACUGUCACCGAUCGCCCGAACAACUCGACGGUGAACAUGAACAACUUCACGUGGACGAACUUCACAGGUACUAUCAACACUUUCCAGCCGGGCGACGGCAGCUGCGCGAUCAUCGUCGAGUGCAACACGGACAGCUCGUGCCGGAAUUUCCAAAUGAGCAACAUCAACGUGUAUCCGCAGACCAUGGCGCAGCCGACCGUGAUCUGCAUUGACGCGGAGGCGAACCUUAACCCUGAGUUGGGCUUUGUGUGCGCGAACGGCACGUACAGCCCAACACUGUAG